AUGAGUGCCACCCUUGCAGAAUUCGUCAGUCCAGAGAUAGUUGUCUUGAUGAGUAAGUCUAAACCAAUACAGUGCCAAUCAUCAAACAUCUUCAUCGACUACAGUCCAAAAAUAGUUAAUUCACCUUUGCAGGUGCCACCCUUGACGAAUUCAUUGAUUAUGUUUAUUUUACUUUCGUUAUUCUUUAUAACGGCAUUAGUAGCCGUUUUUUCUCCAUUACUCAAGAAAAAAAAUGUAACACUUCCUUUUUCUGGAUGGUAUCCUUAUUCUCUGGAGUCUGAGGGUUUUUUUGUUUCGACAUAUUUGUUUCAAUCAGUUUGCAUCAUUAUGGCUGCUUGCACAACAGCUUCUGUUGAGGGGUUAGCUUUAGCAAUCAUUCCUCAGAUUUGCACACAAUUGGAAAUAAUUUUUUACAGGCUACAUUAUCUUCCUAACUUGUUGAUGAAACACAGGUUCAAUGAUGAGGAUUGUCUGAAGGAAACAAUGUUCGUCAAGGAUUGCGUGAAGCACCACAUGCACAUUUACGCAAAUUUACCACAAUAUUCACCAAAAUCGAACGGUAUAAAAGGUGCCACCCUUGCCGAAUUCAUCAGUCUAGAGAUAGUUGUCUUGAUGAGUAAGUCUAAACCAGAACUGUGCCAGUUAUCAAGUACCUUCAUCUACUACAGUCCUGAAAUAGUACAAGUGAGCAUGGCGAUUGCAGAUGCAGUUGAACAGAUGAACUGGAUCACUCUAUCACAACAAUCGAAACGAGUUCUUCUAAUUUUAAUGAUUCGAUCUUCUCUGCCUAUAAAAUUGACAGGCUCGUCAAUUGUUGUAAUGUCGAUAAAAACUUUCGUAAAGGUAUAA